UUAGCCUUACACAUAAGAUUCAAACAAAAAUCGUGAAAUUAUUAUUUUAUUUGAAUUCCCCCAUUUAAGAGUAUAACGUAUAUCACGUUUUGCACUUUUAUGUGCAUUUGAUAUUUUAUAAAAGCAAUGUUUUCUAGUCCAACAGAUGUCGCUGUAUUUACAGAUGUUGAUCUCAGUCGUGUUGUCAUACCUAUGUGAUGUCAAGAAGAGCAGAUGCAUGUGUUCUCCAUCAUAAGUUCAGUGAACUAAGACUGCGGGGUCGUGUGGGUUUAUGUGUCUUUGAGCCUAAACUUCAACAUGAGCUCUUUUGCCGGACGCAUGAAGGAGUAUCCCACCAUCUCACUGGACCGAUUUGACAGAGAGAAUUUACACGCAAGAGCUUAUUUUCUCUCUCACUGCCACAAAGAUCAUAUGAAAGGAUUGAAAGGACCUUUGCUUAAGAGAAAGCUAAAGUUCAGUUUGACUGUCAAGCUGUACUGCUCAUUUGUGACAAAGGAGCUCCUGCUUAGUAACCCAAGAUAUGGAUUCUGGGAAGAUCACAUUGUCGCCCUGGAACUGGACAGUCCCACUCACAUAUGUCUCAUCGACGAAACCACUGGAGAGUCUGAAGAUGUUGUUGUCACAUUGCUCACUGCUGGACACUGUCCAGGAUCAGUUAUGUUUCUCUUUGAGGGUUCUCGGGGUACAGUUUUGUACACCGGAGACUUCAGACUGGCUGUUGGAGAUGCUGCCAGAAUGGAACAGCUGCACUCUGGAGACAGAGUAAAAGACAUUCAGAGUGUGUAUCUUGAUAGUACAUUUUUUAACUCAAAGUACCAUCAGAUACCUAGUAGGGAGGCUUGUUUGACCGGUAUUACGCAGCUGGUGCGAGACUGGAUUUGUCGGAGUCCGUAUCACGUAGUUUGGUUGAAUUGUAAAGCAGCGUAUGGUUAUGAAUAUCUCUUCACCAACCUGGGACAGGAGUUCAGUUCACCGAUACAUGUCAACAACUUGGACAUGUUCAAGAAAAUGCCUGAAAUUCUGUGUCACAUGACUACCAACCGUUCAACACAGAUCCAUGCUUGCAGGCACCCUAAGGAUGAGAUGUUUUUCAGGGCCAGCAGGUUACCGUGUGGCUCCACGGCUCCUGACGGCACUCCGCUGAACAUCAUCAGCAUCAAACCCUCCACGAUAUGGUUUGGAGAACGGUCCAAAAAGACUUCAGUCGUUGUCAAGAUGGGCAGCAGCUCUUACAGAGCGUGUUUUUCCUUUCAUUCUUCUUACUCCGAGGUCAAGGACUUCCUCUCUUACAUUUGUCCUGUAAACAUCUAUCCUAAUGUCAUUCCCUUGGGACAAACGGUCGAGGACGUUGUAGAGCUGUUGAAGCCACUGUGUAGAAGCUCUGAAGGAGAGGACGUUGUCUACAAGCCGCUGGGAACACUCAAAAGAACCAGAAAGGGGUGCACGUCAGAAGGCUCAGACAGUGAUGGGGACCUGUUUGAUGGGGUUGCCACGGCGCCAAGGAGGCGGAAGAUGUCAGUGACUGAUGCAACCAAGGUUGGCGUUUACACACAGCCUCACAGCCCUAAAAAAGAUUCCCCUGAUAAGGACCAAAUGAAUAUCCUCCCAGAGCCCCGCCCCUCCACACAGCCUUCAAAUUACAUUGACUGCACAGAAUCAAACGAUGAUGAUGAUGAGGACGAUGACGAGGACGAGCUUUCAAACAUCAUGCCUCACCCAUCAGGUGCUGCUUCACCCUGCACAGAAAUGCCAUGCCCGCCACCCACAUCCAAUUCAGACACAACCCCGUCCGAGAUGGCACCGCCCCGCUGGGAAAACUUCUUCAGGGCUGACCCAGUGUUGACCGAUGAGAGCGAGCUGGAUAACAGUCAGAACAGUCAAACUCAAUCCACUGAAAACACAAGGUCUCAGUCACCGGAGCUGUUUCUUGAAGAUGAGGAUGACGGCUGUCACAUGACCUCCUCACAGUCCACUCAUAUAUCAGAUGAAGUCACAGACAGCUUAAGUCAAAUAGAUACAGUUCUUGUACAAGUGGAUGAAAGUAAGGCUGUUACUAGCGACCAAGAGCCCAAUGGGCUGUUUCAGGACGGUACCCGUAUACCCGAUGAGGUGGCGUCAGAUGGGAUGGAUUGUUGUAACGUCAAAGCCACCGAGCAGAAAUCAGACUCGCAGGUAUCAUCAGAUUUUGAGCUUCCACCAACACCUGGUUCUAAAGUCCCGGAGCCAGAGGAGCUGAAAGAGCUGUACAGGAAGUUGGCAGCAGGGCAGGAAGUUGUAAAAAGAAAGAUAUUUUGAUGUUACGUCAGACUUAAUUUUCUUAUCAGUUUUUACAUUAAAAUGGAAAACAAUAAAGUC